AUGGCGACGAAGAGGAGCGUUGGAACUUUGAAGGAAGCAGAUCUGAAAGGAAAGAGCGUGUUCGUGAGGGUUGAUCUCAAUGUUCCUUUGGAUGACAACUCUAACAUCACCGAUGACACUAGGAUUCGUGCUGCUGUUCCUACCAUCAAGUAUUUGAUGGAAAACGGAUCUAGGGUUGUUCUCUGCAGUCACUUGGGCCGCCCGAAAGGUGUUACCCCUAAAUACAGCUUAAAGCCUCUUGUGCCGAGGUUGUCUGAACUUCUUGGUGUCGAGGUUGUGAUGGCCAAUGACUCUAUUGGUGAGGAAGUUCAGAAAUUGGUUGCAGGACUACCGGAAGGUGGUGUUCUUCUAUUGGAGAACGUGAGGUUCUACAAGGAAGAAGAGAAGAACGACCCUGAAUUUGCAAAGAAGCUUGCUGCACUUGCAGAUGUCUAUGUUAACGAUGCAUUUGGAACUGCUCAUAGAGCUCAUGCUUCCACUGAGGGAGUUGCCAAAUACUUGAAGCCUUCAGUCGCUGGUUUCCUCAUGCAGAAGGAACUUGAUUACCUUGUCGGGGCCGUGGCAAACCCCAAGAAGCCUUUUGCAGCCAUUGUUGGGGGCUCAAAGGUUUCGACAAAGAUUGGCGUCAUUGAGUCACUCUUGAACACUGUUGACAUCCUCCUGCUCGGUGGAGGUAUGAUUUACACUUUCUACAAGGCUCAAGGAUACUCUGUUGGUUCUUCCCUUCUGGAAGAUGACAAGCUAGACUUGGCGAAGAUGCUCAUGGAGAAGGCAAAGGCGAAAGGUGUUUCUCUGUUGUUGCCAACUGAUGUGGUUAUUGCAGACAAGUUCGCUCCCGAUGCUAACAGCAAGAUAGUGCCAGCCACGGCGAUCCCUGAUGGCUGGAUGGGUCUCGAUAUUGGUCCAGACUCCAUCAAGACAUUCAGUGAUGCUCUAGACUCAACCAAAACCAUCAUCUGGAAUGGUCCCAUGGGAGUUUUCGAGUUCGAAAAGUUUGCAGCUGGAACUGAGGCCGUAGCAAAGCAGCUUGCAGAACUGAGCGGAAAGGGAGUAACGACAAUCAUCGGAGGAGGUGACUCUGUGGCUGCUGUUGAGAAGGUUGGUUUGGCUGAUAAGAUGAGCCACAUCUCUACCGGAGGUGGUGCUAGUUUGGAGCUUCUCGAGGGAAAGCCACUUCCAGGAGUCCUUGCUCUUGACGACGCUUGA